AUGGAAUCUGAAGCUCCAUAUAAUUUCAUCAGUAGUAAUGGGACAAUACCAGAUUUAAGAAGACCAUCGGCAAGGGUAGCUAAAGUCCAACUCUUGAUAGCGUCUCUGCUUGGGGGCAUCACGUUUUUGGUUUUUUGUGUCUUACGAUGUCAAUUUCCCAACAUAUACAUGGCAAGGCUAAACUAUGUGAAUAAGGCCAACAGGAAGUUUACGCCACCACCUUUGUCGAGGACGUCAUUGUUUGGAUGGAUCCCCACGUUGGUUAGUAUUGGCGACCAAGAUGUCUUGACCAACGCCGGAUUAGAUGCCUAUGUCUUCCUCGGAUUCUUCAAGAUGGCGAUAAAGCUACUAAGUACUUGUUUGGUAUUUGCGGUACUGGUAAUAUCGCCAAUUAGGUUUCAUUUCACUGGAAGGUAUGAUCAAGGCGAUGAUGGUGAUGAUGGAGAUGCCAAUAAACAAGAUGAUGGUUUUAUCAAUCCAGAAAACUACCACACAUAUCUAUGGCUAUAUGUCGUAUUUUCAUAUGUUUUCACACUUAUAGUUGGCUAUUUUCUGCAAAAACAAACCAAACAUGUCGUAGAAAUCAGGCAGUCGUAUUUGGGAAAGCAAAACUCUAUCACAGACAGAACAAUCCGCCUUAGUGGGAUCCCUCCAGAAUUGAGGUCAGAGAGACUUCUGAAGGAACAUAUUGAAUCUCUGAAUAUUGGGUCUGUGUCUUCGGUUGUGAUAUGCAGGGAGUGGAAACCGUUGAUCGUGUUAUUUAAACAGAGAGAACAAAUUGUUGAUAUCUUGGAAUCGUAUUGGGCUACCGUUCUAGAAGCUACAGAUCUAUCCAAUAUAAGGCCGUAUGUAAGUGAUUCCAUUAGAUUGCUUAACACUCCAGUUGAUGAAGAAGCUGCUUUUCACGACGACGUCCCACCAAACGAUGUGUCAAGUUUGAUUAACUCAGAUGAUGAGCAAACUGACGGACCUGACGAUUCUAUCAAUUAUUCUUCCUCGGCCCUAAGCCUAAUCACUACACAACAUCCCAAGCGUCCAAAAAUUCGUACUCGCUGUUUUGGGCUGGGAGGGAAAAGAGUUGAUGCAAUCGAUUACUAUACUCAUCAACUGAAGGUCAUUGAUGAAGCCAUCAUUGAAGCAAGAGAAAAACACUAUCCACCCACACCUGCGGCGUUCAUUACAAUGGAUACUGUAGCGACAGCACAGAUGAUGGCUCAAGCUGUAUUGGACCCCAACGUUCAUUACCUAAUUACAAGAUUGGCACCAGCCCCUCACGAUAUCAUAUGGUCCAACGUUUGCCUCCCCAGGAAGGAGAGAUUGUUUAAAGUCUAUGCUAUAACAAUCAUCAUAGGCAUAACAAGUAUUGCACUCGUGUUUCCAGUUUUGUACCUGACAACGCUGUUAAAUCUCAAAACGAUUUCCAAGUUUUGGCCUUAUUUAGGGAAGUUACUUAAAAAACAUCACUGGGCUCAAACGUUGGUGACGGGAUUGUUACCUACAUACCUUUUUACCCUUCUGAAUUUUGUUGUGCCAUUUUUUUACGUCUGGUUGUCUUCCAAACAAGGGUUUGUUUCUCAUGGUGAAGAGGAACUGUCUACCGUAUCCAAGAACUUUUUUUACAUAUUUGUGAAUCUGUUUUUAGUGUUCACUUUUGGUGGUACAGUUAGUAACUAUUGGGGUUUUUUGAGCGAUACGACAAAGAUCGCAUACCAACUUGCAAAAGCUUUACAAGAAUUAUCACUCUUUUAUGUUGAUUUGAUUAUCUUGCAAGGUUUAGGAAUGUUUCCAUUUAAACUACUUUUGGUAGGCCAAUUGUUUCGAUUCCCCUAUUUCAAAAUCAAGUCCAAGACCCCAAGACAUUUUAGAAAUCUCUAUAAACCCCCAUUUUUCAACUUUGGCUUGCAAUUACCGCAGCCAAUUCUCAUCUUGGUGAUUACUAUUAUUUACAGUGUGAUGUCGACAAAAAUUUUAUCUGCAGGAUUGGUUUAUUUUAUUAUUGGCUACUAUGUUUAUAAAUACCAGUUGGUCUAUGCUACAGUACAUCCUCAGCACUCCACUGGUGGGGUUUGGGCAUUAAUUUUUAGACGAGUUGUAAUGGGUUUGCUUCUAUUCCAAGUCACUAUGGCCGGUACUUUGGCUUUACAAAAUGCUUAUUUGUUAGCCACGACAUUGAUACCUUUACCGUUUUUUACUGUGGCAUUUUUGUGGAAUUAUCAGAAGAACUAUUAUCCUUUGUCAUCAUUCAUUGCUCUUCGAGCUAUCCAAAACAACGAUAUCGUGGGAAGAAGACACAACCACAUUAAUAGGAGUAGGACCAGUGUCGAUAGUGAAGCUACCAAUCUUCAACCCAACUCAAGCAACACAUUAGACGAGAGAAGAGAGUUGAAUCAGACUUAUGAAUAUCCUUUCCUUGUUCAAUCAUUAGAUGGUCCUUGGUUAGAUAUAGAUGGAGAUGAGGUAAUAAUGGCAUCUUCUGAAGGACCCAUCAGGAAGAGACAUCAAUUCCAUGAAUGGGAAUAUGAUGAUGUGAAUCCAAACGUAUUAGGCCAAUCUUGGUAA